AUGAACUUCAGAAAACUUAUUUCAUCAUUAUCAUUAGUAUUAAUUUUAUAUUCAAUUGUUGAAUUAGCUUUUGCAAAUGCAGAUGAAAAAACUAAAAAAUCCCCAGGAAAAGGUAAUCCAGUAUCUACUACAAGUUCUAAUCAAAGUGAUACUUCAUUAAAAGAUGCUAUAGAUAGAAUACCAGCUGAAGCUCAACAAGCUUUAGAAGAAAUAAAAGUAAUAUCAAAUAUGUUAGAUAAAAAAACAUCAGUUAAUAGAAAUCUUAUUAUCGGUACAGCAGUAACUAACAUUGCUUUAUUAUUAAUGUUAUCUGGUUUAAUGGGAUAUAAUACAAGAAAAAUGGCUGUAGAUGAUGGUGAAGGUAAAGAUAAAGCAGGAAAGAAGAAAGACGUCAAAGGUGAAUGUUGUAAAGAGACAGAUGAAGCUCACUAA